UACUGCGCACUCUCGAGAGUUUGUUUACGUUUUUUGUGUUAUUUCAUGUAAGACAUCACAAAAUGUAAACAUUUGGCAACUACUUACAUCAGGUAAAUUCAAAGUUUCAAAACAAGCUCCAUUACGGAUGCGAGCGGUCGACGCUUUAUGCUUCGUUCUUUCUAGUACCACUUGAUGAAACAAUUUCGAAGCUGUAAAAAUCAAUGAAACUGUUGGAAAAAGAAUUUGAAAGACCUUAGAGAUAGGGUAUGAGGUUCGUAACGAAUAAAAUCGAUUCCACUGAUCGAUUCGCAUUUCAUCGAGGAGACUUAUAAUGUUUAUGAACAGUGUCAUUAGGGUGCUGAGACUGCGCAGUACGGACUGGAAAUCCUCUUUCAAUGUAGUGCCACCAUCUAGCCUUAAAUCCUCUGAAUCCAGCCUUAAUAAAGAACUGAAAACAACAGCCACAGCAGUGCGCGUUUACAGGCUCAACGGUACGGGCGAAGACACGCCGAAAACUAGAACGGGUGAUUGGGCCUGGGAAGUAGUCUUUCUCUGUCAACAGGGCAUUAUGGGUACUUUGUUAAUCAACAUGGCGGUCGAACCCAAGGAAGUUUGCUUAAUUGUACUGUUGUUGUUUGUGAGGUCAUAACCAACCAUAAUGGAUGAAUUUUGCUUUAUGCAACGAGAAAACGCUGCAACAUGGAUCGUGUGCUACUGACGAAAGGCGCGAUCUGCGUUUUCAAAAGAGACUAAGCCGUUCGAUAUCAUUGUCAUUAGAGAUAUAUACGUACACCGAAGGGACUGAAGAAUAUUGGGGGUAAAAUUGGCUUUGUUCUCAAGAUCUUCCCGUCAUUUUAAUGACAAACUGGUUGAAGUCGUUGCUACAGGACGUGACUAAGAUGUUGACCGUUAAGAUGGCCCGUUCAUCGCGCGCUGGAAUCUCAAAAGCACAACAAUGUAUAAACAAGUCAUCACUUAUGCAACGUGGUAUGUUCUCAAACUUCAAGGGAUCAUUUUCCAGACGUAGUUAUACCGAAGGAAGAAAGAAAACAAUUAAUAGUUUUAAUUGGAAUAGUAGAAUUUCAACCCGUCUCGGUUAUCGUGGAUUUGCAAAUAUCGGCAACUUAGCGGUGUUACAGGCAUUGACGUCGACGAAAGCUCGCGCCCGAUCGAGCUUAUUCGGAAUAAACAUUCGAAGCAGCUCCAAAGAACCAUGGAUGAUGUCAGAUGAGGAAGUUAUGGACAUUAUUACGAAAAAUGAAUGUGAAGGGAAGCUUCAGGGCGGAAUUGUAAGCAGAUUUGAGUCCAAUCUGUUGCCUUCUAACGAACCUACUGAGGAUCGAAGGUUCGUGACAAGAUUACUGCACGACAGGGAAGCCCUGUUAUUUGGAGUGUUGGACGGUCAUGGAGGAAACAGCUGUGCUCAUAAUGUGGCUCAACGCCUCUCAGAUUAUAUAGGACUGGCACUGCUUCCAAAUGAAAUUCUUUUAGGAUCAACUUUAAAGAACUACCUUUGUGCUAAGCACUUUCUGGUUUCUAAUGCCCCUAAUAACUACAAUUACCGUGAGGACCCUGUCUGCUAUGAAAAUCUUAAGAAUUACUUUUUGGAGCUGCGUAGGGUGCAAAAGAGACAUCACAGUGGUGAUUCUGUGGCCCCUACACUUGCGCAUCUUCAGGAGACUCAUGGCCACCAAGCUGCUGCUGCAGAGGCAAAGGAAGAGCAAGUUUUUCAAACUAUGGCAGCACUGUCCAAAGCUUUUCUUAGACUAGAUGACAAUUUAAGUCAUGAAGCAUUAUCCCAAGGAGAUAACCAGGAAGCUAAUGAACACAAAUUUAAGUCAGCUACAUCAGGGGCUUGUGCAUUGGUUGCGUACAUAAAGGGCACAGAGCUCACUGUGGCAAACUGUGGAGACUGCCGUGCUGUGCUUGGUGUGCAGAGUGAGGAUGGGCAGUGGUCAGCACUGCAGUUAUCCACUGACCAUACAGCUGCUAACCCCAGUGAAGUCCAGAGAGUAUUGAGUGAGCAUCCAGUUGAAGAGGCAUCUACUUGCCUUAAACAUGGAAGACUUCUUGGCCGCCUUGCACCGUUAAGGGCAUUUGGCGAUGCUAAAUUCAAAUGGAGCAAGAAGAAACAAGAUAAAGUGUUCCAUGAAAGGGGCUUAAAAUCACUCUCUGAUGCUAAAGAAUUCCUCACUCCACCCUAUCUCACUGCUGAACCAGAAGUGACGUCAUACCAGCUGCAGUGCUCAGACAAAUUUCUGAUUCUCGCCACUGAUGGUUUAUGGGAUAUGCUGAGUAAAGAGGAAGCGGUUGACUUUGUUAGGGAUAAUUUACAGAGACACAAUCCAGGCUACAGUAUCACAUAUCAAGAACAGAAAUCUGCAUGCAAUGUGGAGAACUCUGCUUCCUGUCUCAUCAAGGCAGCUCUUGGUGGUGAAGAUCAUGUGUCUGUCAGUACAAGCUUAAGUAUUCCUUACCCUGAUGUGCGCAUGUACCGAGAUGACAUUACAGUUACUGUAGUGCACUUUGAUUGGAGCAAUGUGGCAGUGGAGUAGGUGAAUGUUAGGGUGUAGUACCUAUGUGUAUAGUAGAUGGAAAUACAGGUGCAGGUUUCCUUGCAUUCAUCUAUGCAUGUAGCAAGAUAACACCACUUUCCCCCUUUUUCUCCACCCCUGGAAAUAAGCGGGCCCUUUCCCCCACCUGGGGGAAAGGGAAUAAACUGCUGAAGAUAACCCUGUACUGUAACAUUCUUAAAAGUUAUGAUGCGCCCCUAAAAUAAACUGGCAGAAAAUAAUCCCUAUUCUAAGCACAUGUACUCCCAGGGGAAAAAAUCUCAGUUGCCAAAAUCUCAGAUACCAAAAUCUCUGCAAUUAGGGACUUAUAAUCAGAAGGAUUUUUGCAUCUGAGAUUUGGGGAAUUGCAUUAAUGUAAUCUGGAGACAGUAACUCCCACACCCCCAAAAUACCCCAUGCCAGCCCAGGGCGUAUCUUCAAAUUUCAUAGUAUUGAAAGAAAAUACCGAUUUGAUGUGGAACGCGGGAAAAGUUUGCAAUUCUUUGAAAGAGAAAGCACUGGAAUUGUUAAAGCAUGCGACUCGAUGUGUGGGCACGUAAAUGAAAAUGAAAAUGUAGGCUACACAUCAAAUCAAGUGGAAUGUCAAAUUUAUUACUUAAUGUGCAUACAAGUGUGUUGGGUUAGCACAAGUAUAAUUUAUGUUAUACUCUUCCAGCUUUUCUUUUAACAAAAAUUUGCCAAAAACUAAAUUAAUCCUUUCAUAACCAAAAGGUCCUAGUCACGCUUAAUAACUAAACUGUGACUAAUUAAAUUAGUAAUUAAUGUUGCUAAAAUGUUAGAGUCGAGUCUUGGAAAACACACGUUAUCUUGAGUGUGUCUUACAAAUUCUUCAAUGUCAGAGACUUGACAAGGAAAGUAUGUUUACAUACUGAUGACUCAAUAAUGGCGGUGUUCUACAUGUUAUCACUUCCUCUUCAUUCUACAAUGGCUCAAUUAUUUAAUUAAUUCUUAUUAAGUAGUUCUCAAUAUGAAUAGGGAAUGUUUUAUUCCGUGGUUUGUAUAAACGAAUAAAUAAGGGAAAGUUGUUCUGUGUCUUGGAGUGAUAAAACGAAACAACUUGUUUAAUAUAUGCAUUUUACUGGUAUUUCGGACGCAAAACUAGCUGUUGGAGAUGCUAUGCAUUGACGGACGGAAAAAAUCCCGUUUGUUUUGGCUUUA